AUGGCACUCUUUCUCCCCUGUCAAAUCGCCGCCGGCGUUACAUCCUCCACCCACCAUACCGUCUCCUCCGAUCAGUCCCACCGUCGCUCCUCCUCCGUCAAAAACCAAGCCCCUUCGUCCUCCUCCUACACCCACUGCAAAAUCCCCUGUUUCAUUUCCUCCUCCUCCCCCUUCGAUGCCGAGGUCGCUUCCUCCGAUGACGUCAGUUUCCCCUACAAUGUCCCCGCCAUCACUUCCUCCUCCUCCUCACCCAAUCAGUCCCGCCGCCGCUCCUCCUCCGCCAAAAUCAAAAUCAGUUCCUCCUCCACCGACGGCGGUUUCCCCUGCAUCAUUUCCUCCUCCCCCUUCGAUAUCGAGAUCACUUCCUCCUAUGAAAUCAGUUUCCCCUGCCAUUUCCCCGCCGUUACUUCCUCCUCCGCCCGCAGCCGUGUCACCUCCACCGACGAUGAGUCCCACCGCCGCUCCUCCUCCGCCAACGGCGGUCUCCCCUGCAUUACUUCCUCCCCCGGCAUCCCUUCCUCCUGUUACGGCUGUUUCCCCUACAACAUCUCCACCACCAUUACUUGCUCCUCCAGCCCAUGCUUCUCCCCCUUCCAAAUCAAGAUCCCUUCCUCCUCCCACCGCCGCCUCCCCUGCAGGGGGGAGAGCCAUCCAAACCUGUUAGAUUCGGUAUUCCAUGUGGAUGACGAGAGGUUCAGCAGGAUUGAGUUGCCCAAGGAAUUGCCAGGGGUAGGGGAACCAAGGCGCAUUUCCAUCUCGGAGACGAAGGUCACAGGUUCGCUUACAGUUAUGUAUCUUACUUCCAGAUCUUAUGAGAUACUGGUAAAGAAAGGGCUUGGUUCCGCUGAGGAUAGUUGGGUAAGAUUUUGUAGCAUGGUUCGAGUUGAUUUGGAGUUGAUUUGGGAGGAUGGUUUGACAGGAAGUUUGGAGCUUGGGGAGGAUGACGAGCUGUGCUUCUAUGAUUGCAAAACCCAUGAAAUUGAGCGACUUGGGUUGCCAGGUAUGGGGCUACGAAACCGGGGCGCAGCUUAUGCUGCUGAUUACACAGCGAGCUUAGUUUUGUUGGAACCAGAAUUCGGUGCAGUUCCUUGCUCAGACCCUGUAACGGGAUAUUCCUUAAUAAGGCAAGAUAUGAACUUUGGUGUUAUGUGA